UGGCGCGGACGGGUCUCAACCCUCCUUGGAAGGCACCGGCGGCAGCAGAGCCCGGUUAGCUCGGAGUCACGGGCCGUCCGCAGCCGCUGCCCAGGCCCCGCCCAGAGGCCGCCGCGAGCGAGGCCGCGCCGGGACGGCUGCAGCGCGGUGUCUGACCUAAUCCACCUCCGGAGCCGGAUCCUUCUGCGUCGGCGUCCUCCGCCAAAACAGCCGCCAUGCCGGUGACGGUGACCCGCACGACCAUCACCACCACCACGUCGUCCUCCUCAGGCCUGGGCUCCCCAACCAUCGUGGGGUCCCCUCGGGCGCUGACCCAGCCCCUGGGCCUCCUCCGCCUGCUGCAGCUGCUGUCCACCUGCGUGGCCUUCUCACUGGUGGCCAGCGUGGGUGCUUGGACGGGGGCCAUGGGUAACUGGUCCAUGUUCACCUGGUGCUUCUGCUUCUCCGUGACCCUCAUCAUCCUCAUAGUCGAGUUAGGCGGGCUCCAGUCCCGCUUCCCCCUGUCCUGGAGAAACUUCCCCAUCACCUUCGCCUGCUACGCCGCCCUCUUCUGCCUCUCGGCCUCCAUCAUCUACCCCACCACCUUCGUCCAGUUCUUGUCGCACGGCCGCUCCCGGGACCACGCCAUCGCCGCCACCGCCUUCUCCUGCAUCGCCUGCGUGGCUUAUGCCACCGAAGUGGCCUGGACCCGGGCCCGGCCCGGGGAGAUCACCGGCUACAUGGCCACCGUGCCCGGCCUGCUCAAGGUGCUGGAGACCUUCGUGGCCUGCGUCAUCUUCGCCUUCAUCAGCAACCCGUACCUGUACCAGCGCCACGCGGCGCUGGAGUGGUGCGUGGCCGUGUACUCCAUCUGCUUCAUCCUGGCGGCCGUGGCCGUCCUGCUCAACCUGGGCGACUGCACCAACGUGCUGCCCAUCUCCUUCCCCAGCUUCCUGUCUGGGCUGGCCCUGCUGUCUGUCCUUCUGUACGCCACCGCUCUGGUCAUCUGGCCGCUCUACCAGUUCGAUGAGAAGUACGGCGGCGAGCCGCGGCGGUCGAAGGAUGUGAACUGCGCCAGCAGGCACGCCUCCUACGUGUGCUCCUGGGACCGCCGGCUGGCCGUGGCCAUCCUGACGGCCAUCAACCUGCUGGCGUACCUGGCUGACCUCGUGUACUCAGCCCGCCUGGUUUUCGUUCGGGUGUGAGGCUCCGGCCAAGGGCUCUUGACUCGCGCCUUGUGUCCAGGUUCCCAUUUCCUCUUCCGGGCCCCCUCUCUUCCACCUUUCUCCUUUCCUUCCCAGUUCCUCUUGCUCUUUUCUGUGUCUUUCGCUCUGGUCUCCCCUCUCCUUUCCUUCCUGUUUUGUUUGGUUGCCCAUACCCUGUUCUGCCCAUUUGCCUCCUCCUGUCUUCAUGCUCUUCUUUUCUAACCUGUUCUGCCUCUCGGCUCUUUUCAGGUCCUCUCGUUUGUUUUCUCAUCCGCCUGUAUCCUGGCCACCGCUUCCCGUUUCCUCGCUUCUGAUUUCCCUGGGAGCUCCAAGACUUCUUUCUUCUCUGCCCCCACCUCCAAAGGUGCUGAGCUCCACCCGACCCACACCUCCUUCUGCAGCUGUAUCCCGGGCCCUCCUGAGGGGCCUCGUUGCCAAAGCAUGCCUGCCCGCCCUGGCUGUACCUUGUUGGUGUGUAUGUGUGUGUUUGUGGGAGGUGGGGUGGGUGGCUAGGGAUUUGGCUCUCUUUCUCCCAGUGGAGAGAGGUAUACCAUACAGGUCCCCGUUAAGUUAAAAAGAAGUCUCUGGAGGCCAGUGAUUUUCCACUGGGCAUGAGGCUUAAAGCACAGACAGACCCUGGGUCCCUGGGUCCUGCUCGACACCGAGCCUCACCUGAGACUGGCUCCAGGGUUUUUGCCAGGCUUACUGAGAACCCACUGCCUAAAGGCCACCUUAGAGGAAGUAAAGGGUGGAUGUUUUCCAUACCGACUGCUCUCUGCCUUAUGGAGAAACCGUCCAAAGUAUUUGUGAGGGGCAGGGAUGUGGCCCUCCAGCCUCAGUGUUAAAAAUAGCCCUUCCCACUUUUGCUGGGAGGAAAAAAAAAAAAAAAAAGGCCACUGCCUGCCUUAAUGGCAAUGCUAGCCCGGGUUGGUUUGGUUUUUUUUCUUUUCCUCUUCCUGGUUCCGAGGGCAAAACUUAGACUAAGUGGCCCUAUUCUGAAAGGGGAAGUUGCUUUUCAGUUUCUUUUUUUGGGGGGUGGGCGGGCUGUUGCUGCCUUAGUCAGAGGGAUUGCAUUGCUCAGAGUGUGUGGUAUACACACACAACACACACACACACACGUGUGUUUCUGUGUGCUAGUUGUUUCCUGUAGCUGCUUCCUUGCUUCUCUGGGACUCACACGCAUAUCAUAUAUAUAAAUGUAUAAAUAUAUAUUUUAUUUUUUUUUAA